UUGAACAGAAACCGUCCAGGUGUGUGUAUCCCCCAAAAAAUUCAGAAAAAACGAAAAAGAGAAAGGACCUAAAUAAGGAAUCAAGUCUGAAUUUUGAGUCCUUAACCCCUUUCUGUGGAAAAAUUUGGACCUCAGAUUUUUCUCUGGUUAAGGUUCACGCACCUUCAAAAUCCCUUCCACGUUCCCCUCCAAAAAGAACACCCACCCAUUUCGACCCAGUUUCAUCUGUUUUUAACUCAUAGAAAUAAUCCUUUGAAUCUUUGACUACAAUCCCAAAUCUCCAAUUUUCUCGGAUACCCACUUGCAGAUUCUCCACGUUCUUUUCUGGGUAUCCCUUAUUUUCUCCGAAUUUUGAUAUCUGGGUAUUCGAUAUUUCGUUGAAAGAUUGAGUUUUUAGGAUGGUGGGGGCUUUGUCCGUGGUGGGUUCAUCGGUGGUGGACUCGCAUACUUGUCCUUGCUUGUGCGUAGAUGCUUUGCCGACCACUAAUUUGAGCUUCAAAAGCGUUGGAGAUCUGGUUUUGCAAAGGAAGCAGAUUGCGAAGCCCGUUGGGUCGUCGGAGUUGAGCAGUUCUUUCAUCGAUUCUGGGCUUGACAGGCGACUCGCGGCGAAAGCACUUCCGGGUAUUGUCGGUCGGAGUCCGGGGAAACAGAAGAAGAACCGGAGGCUAAUGAUCGUCAGUGAAUUGGGUGGACAGUAUGAAGACAGUUUUGAGGAUGUUAAGAGGCAAAUUCUCAAUUAUUUCACGUACAAGGCUGUGAGGACUGUUCUGAACCAGCUGUAUGAGAUGAACCCAACCCAAUAUAGAUGGUUUUACGAUUUCGUUGUCUCAAACAGGCCCGGAGAUGGGAAGCGAUUCAUUCGCAUCCUUGGGAAGGAGAGGCACGAGCUUGCCGAAAGAGUUAUGGUCACACGGCUUCAUCUCUACGGUAAAUGGGCGAAGAAAUGUAAUCAUGCCGAAAUAUACAAAGAGAUCUCUGAUGAAAACUUAGAGUUGAUGCGUGAACGGCUGAUAGAGACUGUGAUAUGGCCUUCAGAUGACACAAACACGGAAAAGAUUGGAUAAUAACACAAGUUAUCAAGUUUCAGCUUAUAGUUUACCUUUCUUUUUACUCCUGUUGUUCCCUAGUCUUAGGCAUUAUUAUUAUUUGUAUUAUUUCCACUUGACCAAUAAAAAUUGUUCAAUACUAUUGUAUUUUGUAA